GUGCUCCCGCCUUAGCGCACGGGAGGCGACAUGAAGGCCGUGCUCAGCAACUAGUUGGCGGCGCCGACUGUCACAGAAAGGAUGCCGCCCCGAAAGAAAGGCUCCUCGCGCAAUGCGCAGCUCCACCCGCAAGUCGUGCACUCUGAUUACGACACGGACACGGCGAAUGCCACAGACACCGUCGCCACGACCAACAUGGCCCCGCUGCCCGCGCGAACAAACACCGACCUGAACCUCGCCGUGCUCCGCCGCUACGCCCCGCACACGGAGCGCAUCAUCGCCAUCGCCCCCUUCGCCGUCGUCUACGUCUUCUCGCCCGACACCCAACAAUGGGAGAAGAGCGGGCACGAAGGCACGCUCUUUGUCUGCCAACUCGCCGCUCCCGGCACCACCCAUCCUCGCUACAACGUCAUUCUGUUGAAUCGCAAGAGCCUUGACAACUUCGUUACGGAGUUGGUGAGCGGGGAGAAUGUGGAGAUUACGGAGCAAUACAUUAUUCUGCAGGUGCUGGCCGAUGAUGGUACCCCGAACAUCUAUGGGUUGUGGAUCUUCUCCGAUGACGACGCGCCUGGCACAAAGGAAUUCGUCGCCAACGCGAUACAGGAGUGCGCAGUGCGAGCAGAGUAUGCGGAAGCAGGCGAGGAAGAGGGAGAAGACGGUGGUUCACCCGCCACUGCUGUACCAUCUUACAAUCUAGACGGUGCAGUUGCUUCGAGUACACUGCAUGAUAUGCCGUCGGAUCAGACGCAACCUGCCGGACAGCAGAUCGACCUGCUCUCGUUAUUUGCCAAGCCAGCGGCCCAUCAAACUAUGCCCACGCAAAAUGGAGCGGCUGGUCACCAUUCAGCUGCACCCAGCGGGCCACCCUUCAGCUCUACCGCCGACACCGACUUCUUCCGCAGCUCGCAUAGUCCGGCAGCGGCAGCACAACAGCAGACGCAGCGGCCCGCGCAGCAAAACGCCCUGCUCGAUCUUUUCAAGAGCGCCAAGAAUGGUUGACGAUAUCUUGCUAAAUCUCGGCGAAGACAAGCCAUUUUCGGCGCUAGUCGCUGGUCCUUCUGAACAUACUCCCUCCAUGGCCGUGUGAGGUGAAGAGGGUCUGUCAAUGAUCACACAUCGUCGAUGUACAAGGCAUGAUCUAGGUGUGGGAGGCAGAAGGAACAGAUUCUCUAGGUAGCAAGCCUUUUGUUAGUGCCUCGGAUGCCUUGCAUUUGGGGAGGAACGGUGGGAUCUCGAUCAAAGGCACGAGGAUGAGCGAGUAAUGGCUCGCUGCUGGUAUUUGCAGUUCACAGGUGUAGGACGGAGAAAGUGCCACUAAAUCCACCCAAUGGUGGAAACAACAUUUUAUUGAGCAGACGCUCCUCUAAAAGAG